CCACACUCAAUUCCCAACAUUCAGUCAGUCCCAGAAACUAGAUGAGUUUCUAUCUACCUUAUUCACUAAUAAAUUAAUUUUUACUUAACUUAAGUUUAUAGUUUGUUCCCGAGUGCGUGGUAUCGUGUCGUGUAACGAAGCGUAGAAAUAUGUUGUUGUUGUUGCUGUUUUCUUAUUCAUAGAAAAAAAAAAUAAUAAAGAAAAAUCAUUUUGUUUUUGUCAAAUCUCUUACGUUAGAAUCAGCUGGUUUAAAAUCAGGGAUGACAUAACCCUUCAAUCUUUAUCUUGGAAAAAAAAAAUAUGAUACAUCCAAUGAUAGUUUAAAAGAAGCCCAAAUCCAUUCAUUAGAUGAUGGAGGCCAACAAAACACAUCCGGAAACAUUGAAAACCUUCAAGGAUCCCCCUCAAAUCGAAAUUCAACAAAUUUUACUGAAAGCACACCCAAUCCCAAACCAUUGACAAAAGGAGGUACAGUUAACUCCUCGACAGACUCAACAUUUGCCCCUGCUAUAAGCACAGCCGAUGCAUCAUUUGCCGAAUCUCAUAUAUUGCCCAAUGUUACAGAAAUUAUACGACAAGUGCCAACGUCCACGCGUCACUCAUUACUUCCCUGGGGAGCACCAUCUCGCAUAUCAAUAAUCAAUACGAUUUCUUUUAAUUCCACCGAAUCACAAAACAGCGGCGAAAUGGCUCUGAGGCCAGGCGAAAUUGUUAUGAGAAAUCUCUUUACAGAUUUCACAGUUCAAGCUGAAAAGAAAAUCGAAUUGGUGAUGUUGGAGAGUGCAGACAAAAAUUUAGCUAAAUUAUUGCAACGCGGCGAAGAUCAGCAAUUUGAUCAGUUACUUUCUGCACUUGGAUCAGUCGCUGAACAUUGUUUGCCCUCACUUUUGCAUACAAUACUCGCCUGGCAUAGACGUCAGCUAUCCGAUGUAGAAAUUAAGAAUGAUCUCAAGCGUAUGGAGAAGAGCACAGCUCCAAAGCCAGUUAUUGACAUGGACUUUCAACUUCAACGUCGUGAAGCAGCAGUAGAGUUUAUUUUUUGCUUAGCUUUAAUCGAGAUACUCAAACAACUCCCAGUACAUCCUGGACACGAGGAUAUUAUAAGAAAUAUUGAAAAUCUUGCAUUUAAACAUUUUAAAUACAAAGAUGGACUGCAAAAUAAUCCAAAUGCAAACAACAUUCAUAUGAUAGCAGAUUUGUAUGCGGAAGUAAUUGGUGCUUUGGCACAGAGUCGUUUUGCCUCGGUGCGCAAACGAUUUAUGAGUGAAUUGAAAGAGCUUCGUACUAAAGAACCAAGUCCGCAUACAACACAGAGUGUAAUAAGUCUUUUGAUGGGCAUGAAAUUCUUUCGGGUGAAGAUGGUACCUAUAGAAGAAUUUGAAGCAUCAUUUCAGUUUAUGCACGAAUGUGGACAAUACUUUUUAGAAGUCAAAGAAAAAGAUAUUAAGCAUGCCCUGGCUGGACUUUUUGUUGAAAUUUUAGUUCCUGUUGCUGCGGCUGUUAAGAACGAAGUAAAUGUACCGUGCGUUAAAAACUUCGUGGAACUUUUAUACAUGCAGACACUGGAUGCAUCAACAAAAUCGAAACAUCGCUUGGCUCUUUUCCCAUUGGUUACAUGCCUGCUCUGUGUGUCUCAAAAAACAUUUUUCCUUACAAAUUGGCAUUACUUUCUUGCCAUGUGCUUAAGCAAUUUAAAAAAUCGAGAUUCAAAAAUGAGUCGUGUUGCUCUGGAAUCUCUUUAUCGUCUAUUAUGGGUCUAUAUGAUUCGCAUAAAAUGUGAAUCAAAUUCUGCAACGCAUUCACGACUUCAGAGCAUAGUUAAUUCACUUUUUCCAAAAGGUUCAAAGGGAGUUAUACCACGAGACACACCGCUAAAUAUAUUUGUAAAAAUUAUUCAGUUUAUUGCACAAGAACGAUUAGAUUUUGCAAUGCGUGAAAUUGUAUAUGAUUUGCUUUGCGUUGGACGCUCAAUUAAGCUUAUUUUAACCCCGGAACGAAUGAGCAUUGGUUUAAGAGCCUUUUUGGUUGUUGCUGAUUCAUUACAACAAAAAGACGGAGAACCUCCUAUGCCAAGAACUGUGGGAGUUCUUCCGUCGGGUAAUACAUUGCGCGUUAAGAAAACAUACAUCAAUAAAAUGCUUACCGAUGAUACGGCUCGAAGUAUUGGCAUGUCAACAUAUUUCCCUCAUGUCCGUCGUGUAUUUGUUGAUAUUUUACGAGCCCUUGACGUACACCUUGGACGCCCAUUGAUGAUGACCAAUACACAAAAUCAAAAUAAAGAACCCGACGAAAUGUUGACUGGUGAACGUAAACCUCGCAUUGAUUUAUUCCGCACAUGUGUUGCGGCUGUACCACGUCUUAUUCCCGAUACAAUGACUGCUCAAGAGCUUGUCGAUUUACUUUCCAGACUUACUGUUCAUAUGGACGAAGAACUCCGUAUGCUGACCCAUCAGUCCUUACAGACUUUGGUAAUUGACUUUCCCGACUGGAGACAAGAUGUUGUUCAUGGAUAUACGCAAUUCUUAGUGCGUGAUGUUCUUGAUACAUUUCCUCAAUUAUUGGAAAAUUGCACUAGAAUGUUGUAUGUUUUCUUAAAUAUAUGGCGUUGUGGCAUUGCAAAUGUAAACGCCUCAACAGGAAACAAUAACAUUAAAACGCCCACCACAGUAGCUGCGGCUGCAUUGAAUCCGACAAGUGGAAAAGAGACAACUAAUAGUCAAAUUUCAAGUGCAAGCAAUAUUAAGGGUACUGGAGGAUUAAAUACAACUUCGAGUGGAGCAUCAACAAUAACUUCAAGUGGUGUAUCGAGCAUCACUCAGACAACUGUGAUAAAUUUAGCUGAAAGCACAAAAAAGAACGAAGUUCCACUGAUUACGACAUUGCAUUUUGUUGAAGGAUUUGCAUUGGUGUUGCUUUGUAAUUGCAGGCCAUUUUUACGAAAAUUAGCAGCGAUUAUAUUGAAGGAAGUGAAAAAUUUGAUGAAAGCUUUAGGAAUACCAGAAACUGAGCCUCCAGUUAUUGAUGUGAUUGAUAAAUGCUUGCCACAGGUCUUGGAAAAAUGUUUACCACACUUGCCACAAGCAGAAAAGACUGCCAUUCUCAAUGCAAAUGCAAUCGAUUUGCAAUGGAUUGCUGAACGCUCUAGUGGUGCUUGGUUAGCUGGAACUGAUGAAUCAUCAAAAUCUUCAACAUCAACAUUGAAUUUGUCCCAAGCCAGUAAUCCCCAUCAGCAACAAUUUGAUCCAUGGGCUGUUUGUUUAUUUGGAUUCUUGGAAAGAAAUCGUAUUUUACAACAAUGCCCAUCGACUGUGGCUCAGGCUUGGCCAAUUUGCUAUUCUCGUGUAACAACUCUUUAUAGUGUCAUUGAUCCAACGCCAGUUAGUGAUAAUAGAGCAUCACUUUUGAGAAGCUCAGCACCCACCAAAAAGGUCCCAACAGAAGGACAGAAAGAUUUAUAUCUGAGAUUGUGGCGUAAUCAAGUUGCAUGUGCUAUGAGAUUAGUUCCACAAAUUCCCAGUGUUGCUGUUCGUUGUGCUUCUCCUGAUCUUAGUUUAAGUUUACAAGAUCAAUCGGACUCUCGAUCGUUGUCUGAUUCCUUGGACAACAUUCCUUCAAAUGUUUUUGGGCCAGAAGGAAUCGUAACAAGGUUUACAUUGCCACUGUCAUACGGUCGCAAAGAAGCCAGACAGAAGAGACUUGGUUCAUCCCCGGAUUCUUUGAACGCAGAUCGCAGUGACAAAUCAGCCAUUGGAUCUGCUUCACCCCAGGCUCUAUAUAAACUUGUCGUACCUCUUUUGAGAUGUGAGGUGACUGAAGUUAGAGAUGCAGCCGUAAAUGCUCUUGGAAUGAUUAAUCAUGAUGCCUUAAAGGACUUGAUGGAGGAGUUGGUGGUGUUUAUACGUGAAGCUGUUGACAGAAAACAAGAGAACAUGAGACGACGACGUCGUCGUGAUGCAUUGCGUUUGCAGUUGGUAAGAGUUCUAGAAAAGAUAGCAGAAAAUGGCACCUUUGGUGUAAGCACAUGUGUUUUGGAAAGAGAUACCAUGUCCUUACAUCCAACAUUUGUUGAAUAUAUAGAAGGCGCUCGUCUCUAUUUGGAAUCAGAAACAGACAAAGAUAAUACGAGCAUUCGGGAAGUCAAAGCACAUUUCUGUAAUUUCAUUCGUAAGAUGAUAAAGAACUUUUCACUGGAAGCUUGUGGAACUCUACUAUCUCGUGAUUUAAAAAGGAAUUUAUUCAAUUUGUUUGCAACAUGGUCUGGACCAUUUGCAAAAGCUCUUGGUAUAUCAUCACAAAUUGGUACGACAGUUGAUGAGGAAAAACUUCAAUUUAGUGCUCUACAGGCAAUGUCUGCAUUAUUGUCGUGUGGCCCAAUCUUUCAUACAACCUAUUUGGGAGAUGAUGGAAUUAUCUAUAAAUGGCUGGAUUGCUUACUGGUUUCAAGAGAUGAAAAGGUUUAUCAACUUGCUCGCGAUACUGUGGUUUUAUUACUUGAAACAAAUCCUGAUAUGGGACAAUUGCUUGAAUGGGUUAUUGAUCGCUGUUACACCUCAACACCAAGAGAAGCUGAUGCUUGCUUUUUGUCAUUGGCAUCAAUAUUUAGUGCAAGAGAAUAUCCAUGUGACCAUUAUACAUCCGUUAUCAAUGUCACUUUGUUGAUGACGGGUUGUCCACGAGUUGAAAUACAUUCAACUGCUCUGCAAUUACUUCAAAUACUGGAUAAACGUUUUUUCGGAAAUGUUGGACCAUUACAUACUGAAAAUGAAAAAGAAGAUGAAAAAGCAGGAACUCUUGAUAUUUUGCUUAGCAAUGCAUAUUGCCGUUCACAACGUUUCCUCUCCAAACAAAUGGCCCAGCUACGACCCGAGUUGACCAUGUCUAUGUUUUCUGAAAUAACUCAUCGUUUCCAAACGGCACGAGAAGAAGUACGGGCUCUGCUGUUGCAAUGUCUGUUGCCCUGGUUACAAAAUAUGGAAUUAGUAGCAACAACAGUUCCACCCGCAACGCCCUUAUCAUACAUCAUGUAUUUCCCAGAUUCUGGAACACGUGGGCGACGAGAAGGUACUGGCUCAACAGAGGCUACAGAGAUGAUAUUGAAUAAUCUUUUUUACAUUACCGCAAAGUUUUCAGACUUACAUCCUCGAGACAUAGAAGAAUUAUGGGGAACUCUUUGCCAAUUUUGGCCAAAUAAUCUAAAAGUCAUUCUACGAUAUUUGGUUAUUAUGUCUGGAAUGGCACCAACUGAACUUCUUCCAUAUGCAAAACGAGUAGCACUAUAUCUAGCUAGAACUUGUGCCGAUAGAUUGUUGGAUGAAUUAAUGGCUGAACUUCAAACUGUGGAAACUCUUAAUUGUUUGAUUGAGCGAACGGAAACACCACCAUUUUAUCGACUAACGAGCAUGCGAAAAGCCUCAAGUCAUUCAGAUGGACAAGCAGCAGGAAUAAAUGACUCAAGAAUUCAAGAUCUAACUGUGGAAAAAGGAACUAUUCAUACUAAACGUCAUAGCGGUGAAGAUCCCAUUAAAACAGGAACUUGUAAGUCAGACAGUGGAAUUCGAGUAUUCAGUCAGACGAGUCGUCCCCCCAGGGGUGCAGAUAAAAUACGUGCUGCAUCUGGCCCUUCUAUAAUGCCACGUCCAGAAGAUAUUCUCAUCAACGAUCCAGAGUUGCGACAAGAGGAAAAUGUUGAACUACGUUCGGAACAACCUGCACCACCCCAUCCACUACCAAUGCCAGAAUAUGGUGGUUAUUUUGCACCACUUACCCAAUUCCUGCCAGACGUCAGCUUGCCGAUAAGUGGUUUCCAUCGAUGUAACGUGGCUGUUAUGUUGUUAGCUGACAUUGUGGUUGAUGGAAUUCCAGGCGUGGAUUGGACACUUCAUUUGCCUCUAAUGUUGCAUAUUUUAUUUUUGGGUUUGGAUCAUAAUCGGGUUAUUGUGAGGGAACAUUGCAAACAAUUGUGUAUAAAUCUUUUGAUUGUAUUGGCAGAACAUAAUGACCAUUUGACAGUUGCUAGAAUUUUAUUAAAUAGUGAAACUUCAAAGUUGGAACUUGGACUAUCUGGUCCUUCGUUGCCGGUUAUAAGUAAUAAUUUUACAGAAACAAAUCCCGAAUUUGACAGUUAUUUAUUUGGACCUUGUAACAUUCCCAAUGCAACAAUUCAUCAGAAUUCUAAUAAUUCCACCCAAACACUGCAAAUAAAUCCAAAUACAUCUGAAAACUCGGAAGUCCCACUCAUCAUAACUGAUGAAAAUGCACCACCCCAGCCCGGACCAACAAUGCCCAUAGCACACGUUAUAAAAAGUCUUCUUAAAUUUCUAUCCCAAGAAAGUUGUCAACCCCUAUGGAACUAUGAAGAUAUUAAUGCUAAAGUUUGGUCAAUCAAGUCAGCAGAACAAUUAACAUCAUUCCUCAAGCAUAUGGUGAAAGUGUUUGCAGAUAGUUAUUCACAAGCCCGUAUUGCAGAACGUUGGGCACAAACUGCCCUACAACUCGGACUCAGCUGUUCAUCACGACACUACGCAGGAAGAUGUUUGCAAAUAUUUCGUGCUCUAAAUGUUCCAAUCAAUUCUCGAAUGCUCUCAGAUAUACUUUCACGAUUAGUUGAGACGGUAGCCGAACAAGGUGAAGACAUGCAAGGCUAUGUCACAGAGUUAUUGCUAACCCUAGAAGCUGCUGUCGAUAGUCUCGACUCAGAUUUCAGGCCUUUAGAUGUUAUGAAAGAUAUUUUCAAGAGCACUCCAAAUCUCAACAACAAAGAUGGUGGUCCGAAUUCAGUUCUUGCCGGUAAAAAGUCACCUUCGGGGGCUACACCUCAAUCGCCGAACUUUUCAAUGCCAAGUCAUGCUCGCAGCACAAGCUAUUCGGUGUCAUAUUGUACUCGAAAAACUACCAAUUCACCAUGUGAUAAACAAGUUGAACUUCGAAAUCGAGCAUCAGGAAUCGAUAUGGAGCGUAAUGUCUCAAAAUUCGGUUCAGCACUUUCACGUUCGCGAAGUGCCCAAAGCUUGAAAAUGCUCGGCGAUACGGCAACUCAGGACGAUAAAAUGACAAUACUAGCACAACUUUUCUGGUUAUCUGUUUCGUUGCUAGAAAGCGACUAUGAACAUGAGUUUCUGCUUGCCCUUCGAUUGUUAACUCGAGUUCUGCAUCGUCUUCCACUCGAUCGACCAGAUGCCAGAGAUAAAGUUGAAAAGCUUCAGCAACAAUUGAAAUGGACUGGCUACCCUGGAGUACAUGCUCUACUCCUAAAAGGUUGCACCCACACAACAACCUACGAGCCAACAAUAACGCUCCUCUCCCAACUGCCUCCACUUUUGAAUUUGCCAGUUUGCGAUCCCACCCAAAGUUGUGCAUUUCCAAUGAAUGUAAUUUCUCUCCUCCCAUACAUGCUACUCCACUAUGAAGAUGCAAAUGAAAUUUGUAUUCGAAGUGCGGAAAAUAUUGCUCAAGUUUCCUCAGAGCUUGGAGCCAAACUUGAGAAUCUAGGAACUGUUAUGACUUUGUAUAGCAGGAAAACAUUUUGCAAAGAGUCAUUCCAAUGGACGAAGUGUGUUGUAAAGUAUCUAUAUGACACUUAUGCACACAUGGGACUACAUAUGUUGGCUUUUCUUAUUGAAGUUCUUGAGAAGGGUCCUCAGCAAAUUCAAGUGCCAGUGCUGAAUGUAAUACAUUGUAUGUUGCAUCAUGUGGAUUUAUCAGCUCCGCAGGCUCAGACAAUAAAUGCUGAUUUAUUGAGAGCAAUUGGCAAAUAUCUGGAUACGGCCAACUGGAAAGAAUCACUUAAAAUAUUAAAGCUUAUUGUGACGAGAAGUUCAAGUCUACAAGUAGUUCCACCCACAGAAGGGUCAAGUCCUGGAUUAUCAUUUAGUUUCUAUGGUGCUUAUCCGGAUUCGGAGAUGUUUUGUAAAAAAGAACUUGCCGGCAGAACAAUGGAAUUUACCUUCGAUGUCUCACAAACACCUCUCAUCGGCCGCCGGAUACUUUUAAAGUCUGAAGAACCAUCAUCGUCAACAUCGACUCAUGGCACAACAACAACUUUAAUCAAUAAUACAUCAUCAGUUAUGUCAGUGGCACAACAACAGCAGAAUAAAAAUGGACAAAGCAGCAAUAACUAUUCGCAUUUGCCUCAUGUUGGUACACCAAAUUCCCCAAGACGAAGUGCUAGUUUAUCGCCUGCAGAUUCAGCACCAUUAAGUGGAUGGAAGCGACCAUGGAUGUCACAGGGUCGCGUUCGUGAGUGUUUGGUUAAUCUGCUCACAACAUGCGGCCAAAGAGUUGGUCUUCCCAAGAGUCCUUCGGAUGAUUUCAUUAACUCUGUAUGCUCCAAGACAUCUAUCAUGACCUUUUUUAUGGGAUCAAUGAAAUCUAAACAAAGUGUCAUCUUCAGUCAAUCCUCUGAUCUCAUGGAACGGCAAUCAUCAGCCGCAUCUAGCACUGAGGAAACUUCAGGUCCACAGGGUGACCUAAGCAGUGGUUCACGUCGAGAUGAUGGCCAACCGGACUUUACUGUAUUCAAAGACUUUGAUUUCCUUGAGUAUGAGGAUAGUAUAGCUGGCGAAUCGACAGAUAAUUUCAAUUGGGGUGUUCGACGUCAUCAACUCUUCGACGGAGACAGUGAUACUGUGGGUGGAGGAGGAUCGAAGGGUAUUUCGAAUCUGGAUGAGAGUUAUAGUGACAAGACUCCGAUUCUGACCAAGCGAAAACGUCAAACAGCUGACGAUUCUUCAGACGAAGAAGUUGAAUCCGAGUCUCCAAUGGAUGAAGAUCAUCGCCAACCCUUCCUGAAAUCUCCAUUCCAUGUUGGGCCACCCACAUCGUUGAGUUUGCGAGAACGACAUCGCAGAAACUCAGUAUCACGAAGUGACACGAGCGGUUCGAGUGCUGGUGACUUGGGUGACAUAACGCCUUGCAAUGCUUCGCCCCACUUGCCAGGUCUAAUUCGAUUUGGUGCACCGAUGCGCGAUGAAGCCGAAGAAAAUUGGCGCAAGCAACUCCAGACAAUGUUGACCAAUCAACCAUCUGCCCAUGCUCCUGAUUUGCUUCUGCAAUUACACAAGAUGAUAAAGGAGCUCACUCUCAAGUCGAUAAGCAUUACACGAGACUCGAAGAAAUACUUUACCGGAAUUGGAGCACAAUUGGGUAAUCAAAUUUCUCAGUUCACUGACUUGCUUAGCUCCAAGGCCGACCCACCGAUGAUUUGGUGCAAUCAAUCGCAGCCAACUACUCCACGUUUAUAUGAGACCCUUCGGUUUAAUGUUCUUGAGAUUCAAGAGCAUCUUGAAACAUUUUUCGAUCGCAAGGAUCAAGUUUUAGAGUGUCUCGACUCGGUGAAGACUUCUUGCAAGCUGUCGCUUUUUACCGAAGUCACUGAACAUCAGUCUGGCGCGGAAGCCUCAACCUCGACCAGCUUCAUGCCAUUCGACCCAGCUACAGCGGAGAUUGUAUUGGACCUAGGGCGGGCCCUUUACAAGUUGAUGUUCCAGUUGUUGUUACUGAUUGAGUCGAAUCAUAAAAUCGCUUCGAAUGUUGUUAACAAUUUUCGACACAACGAAAAGAUGCUGGAUAUUUCGGAGUUGUUCAUCUUGGUCCGUGAGGCACUUGUCCGAACUAUAAACGAAUCUGAACAAGACUCCUUGGACACAUCAACAUCGACAGAAGGUGAUCAUACACCGACACCAUCGCCAGGACUACCCAUGACGAGUGCAGAGUUUGAAACAACUUUGCAUGAAUUGAUGGACAACCAAAAAUGGCCAGAAACAGUGGCACAUGUGCGACAAUACAAACGAAUGUCUCACAUGUCUGUGUCGAAUUCCAACUUGUCGAUAUUCCCGUAUACGAAUCUGGAGAAUCGUCUUAAAUACGACGAUGUUAUAUUUAUUCUAAAUAUCUAUUCGCAAAGACUUCUCAAGGAUCGAACAGAUACUUUUAUAAUUUCAAAAAGCAGCUCUGAACUCUUUGAAGUUUAUGCUAUUUUAUCUGAAAGUCUUUAUCAAGUAUCGAGUGCUUUGACUUCAAUGGAAAUAAAUAUGAAAAGUUUUUCUGGAAUCUCGACAACUUCUAACCGUGAAGGAAGUGACAUAGUCACAAAUCUUUAAACAGCAAACGAUGAAAAAUAAAACUCCACAUUAAAAAAACGUAUUAAAAAAAGUAAGAUAAAUACAUUCAAAUCAUGCACAAUUACUCUUA